CCUCCGCGCGGGGGUGUCAGAUCGCGUCAUGCCGGACUCAUGGCGACGGUGCGUGCAUGUCCAUGAGGCGGGAAGCGCGAGCUCCUCACGCGGUUUGAAGUGAUCCCAGACAGCGAAAUCAACGAUGGCUGGCGUUUUCGACAUCGAUCUGGACCAGCCGGAGGAAAAUGUCUCCGAUGAUGAGCUGGAGGAGGCUCAGAUCAAUGACCUCAUGGAUCAGUGCAGUGGCUUUGAGUUUAACAUGGACGACUGUGAGAAGAUUGAGAUAUCAGAGGACAAUGUGAACCAAGGCACUGAGAACAUCCGUCCAGAGUGCUUUGAGCUUCUCCGUGUGUUGGGAAAAGGAGGUUAUGGAAAGGUUUUCCAGGUUCGGAAAGUAUCUGGUGCAGGAUCAGGAAAAAUAUUUGCAAUGAAAGUUUUAAAAAAGGCUAUGAUUGUACGCAACGCCAAGGACACAGCGCAUACUAAAGCAGAGAGGAACAUCUUAGAGGAAGUCAAGCAUCCUUUCAUCGUUGAUCUAAUCUAUGCCUUUCAGACGGGCGGCAAGCUUUACCUCAUCCUUGAAUACCUAAGUGGAGAGAACCGGAAAAAAACCAUUGACAAAAUUCUUAAAUGCAAACUGAACCUCCCACCCUACCUCACACAAGAAGCCAGGGACCUUCUCAAAAGGCCCCCAUUUACAGGAGAGAACCGGAAAAAAACCAUUGACAAAAUUCUUAAAUGCAAACUGAACCUCCCACCCUACCUCACACAAGAAGCCAGGGACCUUCUCAAAAGGCUACUGAAAAGAAAUGCCUCAUCUCGGCUUGGGGCUGGACCUGGAGAUGCAACAGAAGUACAGACUCAUCCCUUCUUCCGACACGUUAAUUGGGACGACCUUCUCGCGCGUAAAGUAGAACCACCAUUCAAGCCUUUCUUGCAAUCUGCUGACGAUGUGAGCCAGUUUGAUUCAAAGUUCACCAGCCAGACUCCCGUUGACAGUCCUGAUGACUCCACACUGAGUGAAAGUGCAAAUCAGGUCUUUUUGGGUUUUACCUAUGUAGCUCCAUCUGUAUUGGAUAAUAUAAAGGAAAAGUUCUCAUUUGAGCCAAAAAUUCGUUCACCUCGCCGGUUUUUGGGAAGCCCUCGCACGCCUGUCAGCCCGGUUAAGUUCUCAGGAGAUUGUUGGCCACGAGGUCCCACUUUGCCCGGAUCCUCCACCCUCCAGUCCCCCACAGAGCUCGCUAUGGAAGUGUCCACCAUGGAUCAGAUGGAGGUCCAGGCUAGUUCCGAGGCCACCGCCCCUCUUCCCAUCAGGCAACCCGCUGGCUCCAACGUGGGUCAGUUUAAGCAGCAGGCCUACCCCGUGAUCUCCAAAAGGCCAGAGCAUCUACGAAUGAACCUUUGACCAAUAGUCCAACUUAGAGUUUUCCUUUGCUUUCUCUAUUUCUUUUAUAUGGACACUUGGGGAGAAGAAAGGUCCCCACCUUCACUACCAUCCGCUAUAUACUGUCCUUCACAUCUGAUAAGCAUGUGUCUUUCACCGAGUUUGAGAAACUGCUACAGUUCCUCACAUCCCAAAACCUCAGAGCGCAGUCUUAGAUGAUUUCUGUCAUUACAUAUCAAAUGGAUUAUCAGGAUCGGGCCUUUUUUUGGAUUAUCAACUUUUUUUACGUGAUUUUACCAUAAAAGGAACAUCAAAUGAACAAAGAAAGAUAAAAAAGACACUAUUUGCAAAUGUGCAGAUGAGUUGAUGAUCCCUGCAAGAUGAUCAAGUGAUUUUGAGGAAUUUCUUCCAGUGGGAUGCUUUGAGUUUUUACAGUAUUUCCGAGGGAAGCUGAAUCGCUUUCCAGCUGUUAAACAAUUGUACAAAUCAUUGUGGAUUGCAGAAUGAGAUGCGUUUGUGGGAGUUUCACUCAGUGGAGGUUCGCAACCUGACUUAAGUCUUACACAUUUUUAAAUGAGUGUAUCCCACAGUGCUGUAUAGAUGAUGGAUAAAUACACGAGCCUCAAUAAAAACAAAUACAGUGA